GUUUCAUUUAGUUUAUUGAAAACUUCACUCUACAGAACUUGUUGAGCGGCAUAAAAUAAAAGCGCUCUUUUCCCGGUGCUGUGUUCUUUUGUUAUUUUCUAAUAAAUAAAUUCGAAAAUCAAAUUCAAACAUGUCUGUAGCAGUGAAGGGUGUAUUCAUUGUGGGUGCCAAACGUACCCCAUUCGGGACGUUUGGCGGAGUGUUCCGGAACACAUCGGCUACGGAACUGCAAACCCUGUCCAUCGUAGGUGCCCUCAAAGAGGCUGGAGUGGCGCCCGCGCAAGUUGACUCUGUUGCUGUUGGACAAGUCAUGUCGGCUUCACAAACUGACGGCAUCUUUACUCCACGACAUGCGGCCCUGAAAGCUGGCAUACCUCAAGAGAAACCCGUACUGGGUGUGAACAGACUUUGCGGCUCUGGAUUCCAGGCUAUUGUCAACAGCGCACAGGACAUUCUGACUGGCGCGGCAAACGUCUCAGUAGCCGGCGGUGUCGAAAACAUGUCCCAAGCUCCCUUCGCGGUCCGCAAUGUGCGAUUCGGAACAGCCCUGGGCACGAAUCUGGCAUUCGAAGACACUCUGUGGGCUGGACUCACCGACUCUUACUGUGGACUGCCCAUGGGCAUGACUGCAGAGAAGUUGGGCGCCCAGUUCAGUAUUACCAGGGAUGAAGUGGAUAACUUCGCGCUGAGGUCCCAGCAGAGAUGGAAGACUUCAAACGACGCUGGCGUGUUCAAAUCUGAAAUCAUACCAGUGUCCCUGACAGUGAAGAAGAAGCAAGUGAACGUGGAGGUCGACGAGCAUCCGCGUCCGCAGACCACUCUCGAAGGUCUGAAGAAACUGCCCCCUGUGUUCAAGAAAGAAGGUUUGGUCACUGCCGGAACCGCAUCGGGUAUCAGCGACGGAUCGGGUGCCUUAGUCCUCGCUAACGAGGAAGCAGCCAAGAACCUGAAGCCUCUCGCGAGAUUGGUCGGCUGGUCGUACGUGGGGGUGGACCCCACCAUCAUGGGUAUCGGUCCAGUGCCCGCCAUCGAGAAUCUACUAAAAGUUACCAAGCUCACGUUGAACGAUAUUGACUUAAUUGAGAUCAACGAGGCGUUCGUAGCCCAGACCCUGUCGUGCGCCAAGGCCCUGAAGCUGGACCACGAGAAACUCAACGUGAACGGUGGCGCCACCGCGCUCGGACACCCGCUCGGGGCCUCCGGGGCCCGCAUCACCGCGCACUUAGUUCACGAACUCAGACGACGUGGACUGAAGAGAGCCAUCGGAUCAGCCUGCAUCGGAGGUGGACAAGGCAUCGCUGUGCUGGUCGAAAGCGUAUAAUUUAAUAUAGUUACCAUACUAACUCAUCGACGGCGUCACAUCACUGGGAAAACCGCGUAUAUGGCAAACAUAAUUUUAUAGUAGAGACGGCUCUUUAGAUAUAACUGUAUACCUCACAUAGCAGUUAUAUAAUGUAUUUUUCAACACACUUGUAAAGUGUAAUUAAACACCGGUUACCGAUAUAUAAACAGUGCAUAAAACACGCGUGCGUUAUAAACUUAAGUAAUGAAGUUAUAUUCCAUAACCACAUUAUAUGCUAUUUUAUCAAAUUUCAUUCUGCCCGCCCAGCGUCAGCCAGUAGUGAAACAGCGGGAAAGUGCCAAAAUUAACAAAAUAAAAUAUUAUAUUUUAUUCUGUUUCCUGAAAACUGUGUUGAAAAACUUCGUACGUUAUACGUGCGUCUUUAACACACUCGGCUUUAUUACGCCCUCGUCUGGCUCGGGCUGAAAUUCCGGCUAGUGUGUUAUAAACAUCAUAACGCACUUAUAUCGUAAUAAACUAUAAUGGUCAGUCAUAUAUCUAUAUUAAUGUUAUAAAGAGGAAUUCUUUUUUUAAGUUUGAAAUGAAUAAAUUAAAAUAAU